AUGCAGCUGCUUAUCGAAGAGGCUGAUGCGUUUGCCAUAGAUGACGAUGAUGUCGGGUGCAUCACAGAGCUUCAAAUGGAUAUCAAAGUCAACGAUAGCACACCUGUUCAGAAGAACUAUGUCGCUGUGCCCCGACCCCAUAUCCAGAGGUGAAAGCAUAUAUCGAAGAUUUGUUGAAUAAAAACUUUAUUCGCAGAUCGACUUCAUCUUAUAGCUCGCCUGUGGUUUGUGUACGAAAGAAGGAUCAGAGCCUACGCCUGUGUGUCGAUUACCGUGAGUUGAACAAGAAAAGCCAAGUAGAUCGUCACCCAAUACCGAGAAUCCUGGAAACCCUAGACAAUCUCGGUGGGAGCUCGUGGUUUUCGGUUCUUGAUCAGGGUAAAGCAUACCAUCAAGGGUUUCUUAAAGUCGAAAGCCAACCUCUUACUGCCUUUAUCACGCCAUGGGGACUGUAUGAGUGGAUUCGGAUCCCAUUUGGGCUAUGUAAUGCACCAGCCUCCUUCCAACGUUUCAUGGAAACAUGUUUGGGGGAUCUACGAGAUGACAUAUGUGUACCAUACCUAGAUGAUAUGAUCGUGUUCAGUAAAUCUUUUGACGAACACAUUGAACAUCUUCGGAAAGUGCUUCAACGCCUUAAAGCACACGAUGUCAAGCUAAAACCGAAGAAAUGUACCAUAUUUAAACGCGAGGUUGUAUUUCUCGGAAGAAUCGUGUCAGAAGAAGGAUACAAGUUGGACCCAUCUACGGUUGCUCCAAUUCUUCGCAUGAAAGAACCCAAAGACUGUAAACGAAGUCCGUAA